UUAAAUCUAGACAGUAUCAUGCCUCUAAUUGCAACGUUAACAAGAGGGUCAAAGCACAGCAGAACGACCCUGUGUCAGGUUUUACGCAGCAUGCCACUCAUUCUUGUCAGUAUACCCACUUACUCCCUAAAAAGUAAGAGUGUUUCUUCAAUCGACUCGACUUUCCGUAGUUCGUUAAAAAGAGCCCUUUUCCCCGGUAUGGGUGCAUCGGCGCUUUGGAACUGCUUUUUACGCCCUUUGCGCGGACUUCCAUUUUUCUCGCGGUCUUUCAGCAGGUGAUUUCCCGCUAAAAGCAAGGGAGAUGGGAAUUGGUAAAAGAAGCGCGAAAUCAGUACUUGAGGGAGCCUCAACCACUGAAAACGCGUGCCAAAGCCAUACCUUGGCGAGGUGCGGGAUUGGAAAUAUUUCCGAGCCUAACUUGUUUUUGGUUUGUUUCAAAUCAUUUUCACUGAUUCUUAAACAUGUCGCCACUGCCGUUUGAAGAAGGAACUUGGGCUCAAUCAGACUGGUCGGAUUGGAUUCUGAAGAAGCUCUACUCUUUCCACGCUCAAGCUCAGAAUUCGAGUGAAGUAGAUUCUGAAAACAUGACUCUGUUCUUUCAUGUGGUCAGUGAGAUGCCCAAUGGUAGCGCCAUCCUCAAACAGCUCAUCUCGAAGCAUUUUGUGCAAAAUGUCUCGCUUCAUCCCAAUGGUGAUGAUCCGUCGAUUGAUUUGGCUUUUCAUUGUGAAAACUCCAAUGGUGCCACGAAAAGUGAGGUUCUGCUGGCUGAUAAAAUUGCCUUUUGGGUGGAAGCCAUCCUUCAAAGUAUUGUGGCCAUUAUUGGGAUCAUCUGCAACACAACGGCCAUCGCAGUUUUGGCCUCCUCGCGUCGUCGCCUCAGCAGCGUAUUCAACAGUAUUCUAUCGUGUCUCCUCAUCAUUCACACAUUUUACAUCCUGACCAAUAUGAUACUAGUGCUGAGAAUGUGGAACCAAUCCUACUUUCUCGAUUACCUUUUCCCACACUUCCUCUACCCUCUAAAGCCCCUGCUCCUCCACAGUUCCACGUUUUUAACGGCGGUGAUGGCGCGAGAGCGCUACAAGGCCAUUCGACAUCCUUUAGAGUAUCGGAAUGCCACAGCGGGAAUAUCGCCGUGGAAAACAGCUUACUCUUACUUGAUCCCGGUAUUUAUCCUGGCAUUGGUUUUUGUGAGUCCGCUAUACUUCGAGUCCAAGUUAGUGGAUGUCCAACGGGAGCUGACCUUCAGCGCAGCAGAUGGAACACAACAAAUGAUAAACAUGACCCAACACGAGCUCCACGUGACCGAAUUCCGUCUGAAUUCUCACUAUAUAAUGUGGUACAAGAAUGUGGCCACUUUGGUUGUGACCAUCCUGGUGCCCUUGUUUUUGAUCACUUGGUGGAACUGGCACACUUAUUCGGUGAUCAAGCGGAGGCAAAGGCUUAAGAACCGUCCGCAAUUGAACAUCAAGGCUUGUCUAGCCAAAGAAGAAGAGGCCAAAAAGGCUCGAAUUCUCUUCGUGAUAGUUUUUAUUUUCAUCAUGUGCAAUCUUCUUCGAGUGAUCUUAAAUGUGGAGGAAACUGUGUCCAUGCGAGCUUAUCAGAACGCAGCCAAGCAAGGCUGCAACUCAGUUCCUCUUUGGGCACUAGUUAUGAACACGUGCUCUCAAUUCCUUCUGACUCUAAACGCCACUUGUGGUGUGCUUAUUUACUGCGCCAUGAGUCAAGACUUCCGGCAGCAAUUGUUCCAAAAGUUUGACCGAUUCCAUUCGCAGAUGCAUCAAAAAUGGUUGGGCGAUCAGAUUGUCAAUAAAGAAGACUCGAUUUCGGGCGUGAUGGUGAAUAUGAACGCUCGAAAAAGUGUCGUCUACGAUCUAGUGAACGGCAUUGGUCGUCAAGACUUCGGCGGGGAUGACAAUUCCACUUUACUAAAUCAACAUAAUUUAUCCAGGGUCACCCUAGGGACGUCUUCUGGAAAUUCAGAAUGUACUCCCCACAACUCAGGUUCAUCCAGUCUCAAUAGCUACCUUAUCCAUGCUAUCGGCAGCUACGACCUUCCAAGGUCAUUCGAUUGCGAUGAAGCCUCGUUGGCGGCCGAAGAAGAAGCGGUGCCGUUGGUGACUAACAAGAAGGCACGAAGACUUCGAGGUACUUUGGAGACCUCUGCCCAAAUUCCUACUCCACAAACGAGAAAAAAGCACACCUUUGUGACAGUGUUGGUUCAUUAAAUUUUAAGAGACACUUGAAAGUACCCAUUGCAACGGGUGGUUUGUUUCUUCUACGACCAACUGCACACAGAGUUUUCAACUUCUCGUCAUUAAAUGGAAAUACCAACACGCUUGGAAACAUAUAUAUUUUUAAUAAUAAUACAUAUCACCAUA